AUGGCGCCCAAAUCUCGCGCUGUAACAGCGAAGGCGCUUCAAACAUUACUCGUACAUAUCGGUGCACCGUCAUCAGGAACAAAAGCAGUACUUCAAGAGCGAUUCCAACGCAAUAUGGGAAAACCUCGUCUUCCCGAGACUCAGUCAACAUGGGAAAUACCGGAAUCCACAAGCAAGAAACUCCGCAUCAUGAGCAUCGAUAUGGGAAUUAAGAACCUGGCGUUCUGCGAGGCAGAGGUUUCUUAUCCAUCGAAGGAUAGCUUAGAUGCGAUAAUGAAGGUUUGGAGAUGGGAGAGGAUUGACCUUACUGAAGCCACACACGAUGAUAGUUACGAGCCACCAGAGACCAAUACUACAGAGCAGGGCACGGCAGGUGAUGACGAAGAGUCGGACCCGUAUUCUGUUGGUGCUUUGUCUAAGACAGCGUAUGUGUUGAUUAAGAAAACGAUCUUGGCAGGGUCACCGGACAUCAUCUUGAUCGAAAAGCAGAGGUGGAGAUCUGGCGGUGGCAGCGCGGUGCAACAGUGGACUCUCCGGGUCAACACCUUGGAAGGCAUGCUGUGGGCGGUGCUGCAAACCAUUCGUGCGGAACGGCUGAGCAAGGGAGGUGAAGCAUCGAAUACAGAGAAGCUUUACGAUGUUUUCAGUGCCGAUCCGAAACGCGUGGGACAAUACUGGCUUUCUCGGGCGGCCGGGCGCCUUGCAGAAGCGGACAAGAAGGUUGGUAUAUUAACGGAGGACCUAGGAGCGGAAAGCGAAGAGAAAGAAGACGAACCAGCCACCAAGAAGAAGCCCAGCCGGACCAAAGCGGAGAAACAAGCCAAGAUCGCUCUGCUCCGCUCAUGGCUAACUGCAACGCCCGCCUCUACGGCAUCUGUAACGCGUGAUACGAUACCAAGCAUAACAUUCAGUAUCGCGCCAGGCGCCGAAGCUACCCGUAAAGCGCUGUGCUCGAUAUCAAAGCCAGAGCGAUAUAAGGAAAGCAAAGGAGCCCCAGCAGACAGACUUUCUACAAAGACUCAACUCAAGAAACUGGAUGAUAUCACGGACUGUUUCUUGCAAGCUGCUGCAUGGGUUAGCUGGGAGUCGAAUCGCCUGCAGCUCCAGGAAGUAUGGAAACGGAAGAGGGGUAGCGAUGAAAGUAUUGUAGGGCUGGAAGAUGAGGUAUUGGUAGAGAUGAUCCAGGAGAUCGAGGGGCCUCGAUAA